UUUAACUUUUUUUUACCUCUCUCUCCUACUUUUAAAGAGGUUUUUUAAUAUUAUUAUUAUUAUUUUAAUUAUUUUAAUUUUAAUUACUAUUACAGUUUAAUAAACGUGUCACAAAAGAGAUAUUUUUUUAACCCUAGAUGGAGGGUUUCAAAUCACAUUAUAUUAUUUGGUUGUUGUUUUUUGUGAUAAGUUUCGCCCUUGUAUGCUUUGCUCGAAAUAUACCUGGAAACGAUGAAAUUUAUUAUAAUAAGUUGGUGACUAAUGAUUAUGAGCCGCCCGGUCCUAAUCGACCAAUGCCACCUUAUGGGGAGUAUAAUUAUUACAGUGGCCAAAGGACCAGACUUCCACACCACACCACUUUCCCAUCCAGAAAUGAUGAAACUUAUUAUAAGUUAGUGAUCAAUGAUUAUGAGCCGCCCGGUCCAAAUCGACCAAUGCCACCUUACGAGGAAUACAAUUAUAACAGUGGCCAAAGGACCAGUCUUUCAUCAUCCAGGAAUUAUGAAGAACCCCAUCCUAAGUUAUCGAACGAUGGAUCACAUGCAUGAUCAGAUCAGCUACAAUAAUCACUUAUAUUAUAUAUAAUAUAAAAUAUAUUAUUAGAGCUAAUAAUAAGACCACAUUAAUGUAUGUUUCAUGUGUUUAUAAAUA